GCAUGGAGAUUAUAUAGCCUGAGGCAUUCUUGUUGACGACUCUUUCGUGGCAAUAUGGCGACGCUCAAGGGGCACCGCCUGUGCUUAUUGCUGUUGCUAGUGGUACUGGUUGCACCAGUUCCGCAGGGUACUCCGCUGUCUGGAAACGGGGAAGAAGUUGUGGUGAAGGAUAUAUUGGAGAAAGUUCUGGAGGGUAUGCAACUGAAAUACAUCAAGAGCAUGAAGUUUUGCGACGAGAACUCUGGAAACCAGAAGGCUCCGUACAUCUGUCUGGCUAAGAAGCUGCCUCCGACUGAAUGUGCCCAUCCGAUCCGCGUGGGUGACCUCCCACCCUUCUGUCAGGACAUGUGCCCGCCACAACUACAGGAAGACAGGGAGGCUGACCUCUACAUGUGCCGCAAAGUGUCCAUCUAAAGAUUGGGUAGGCUGUAUCAAGGCCAUAUAUAGGAGGUAGAACGGUUAGCCGUUUGUUUACAUCGGUGACCUUGACAGAUGACGUCAGCGGGUGUCUACCCAUUUUCGCCAAUAUUAAUCUUCCGAGGAUUUUAUACUCUAAGGCACUUUGAUAUUCACCUUCAGGCUCCCUUAGAGCCUAAAAAAGAUAAUUUACUGCACAGCAGUCUUUCGACAAAACCUUGACACCUCGUGACGUCAUCUGUCUCCUGAGCCCUCCCUAUGUGGCAGCAUAGAACCGUAACCCCUUGGGCUGUAUUAUGUUUGUCAGGCUAAAGGCCGAGUCAGGCUAAAUCAUGCUCGUUUUGGAUUGCUUCGACUGUAGACGUGUUGAAGAUACGCCUUAGUUGUUAGUUGUAGUGCGGUUAGUCAGCUUUUGUAGUUUGAGUUUAUAAAUGGCAGUGUAUAUUUGAUUUAAGACUAACUACUUUACGCAGCAAGAUGUCUGCGGUAUUGACAUUAAAUUAACUUGUAUUUACGAGCAGCUCACAAAAUGCGUUAUCUGUGUGUUUAGUGGUGGACUGGCUAUUAUCGUUAAGUCGUAUGCGGUAGCGAUGACCGGUAUAUGCACAUGAAUAGGUGAACCGGUGCUUUCUAGCAUACGUGUUAGUAAUAAAACCAAAAAAAAGUAA